AUGAAGCUGUUGGCUGUGAUCGCUUUGGUCUUUUCCGUUUUGAGCGCCAAACCUCUAGAGACGGAGAGUGCCAAGAUCUUGGCCACUUUUCCAUUUCCGGGUCGCUCUCAGUACAUUUAUAUGGAGACUUACUUGAAGGCCUUAGCCGACAAGGGCCACCAAGUGACAGUGAUCAAUGCAUUUAAGAACAAGGCAUAUCCGAACAUGAGGUUCAUAGAAGCUAUGAAGGUUCACGAAUACAAUGACGCAAUGCUGGCCCUGUUUAAUGAACCCUUCCUUUGGCAACAACUAAAUGCAAUCAAUUAUAUUGUCUCCAAUUUUACUGAAACAUUACUGCAAGACGAGGGUGUCAAGCAGCUGUUGAACUCUGGAGAAACCUUUGAUCUGGUGCUGGCUGAAAUGAUUCAAGUGGAACCAUUAUAUGCACUUGCCCAGCAUUUCAAUGCCACCCUUGCUGGAUUCUCCAGCGGUGGAACAGAUUGGCGCAUUGAUCAGGUUAUCGGUAAUAUAUCUCCCAUGUCGUACAACCCACUACUCACUUCUCCACGCACCAAUCGGAUGACUUUUACGGAACGAUUGUCAAAUGUCUACGAACACAUGAUGGAGGGAUUUCAUCGUCAUUGGGUGCAUCUGCCAAAUAUGGAGAAAGUGUUCAAAAAGCAUUUUCCGAACUCGAAGAAAACCAUGGCAGAAGUAAUGGACAGCUUUUCGUUCGUGCUGUUGGGUCAGCACUUCUCCCUGAGCCAUCCGCGACCCUAUUUGCCCAACAUGAUCGAGGUCGGAGGACUGCACAUCUCUCAUAAGCCGAAGCCCCUUCCCGAGGACAUAAAGCAGUUCAUUGAAGGCUCACCCGAUGGGGUCAUAUACUUCUCAAUGGGAUCCAAUAUUAAAAGCAAAGAUCUUCCCCAGGAAAUUCGAGACACUCUUCUGAAAACCUUUGCCAAACUAAAGCAGCGAGUGAUGUGGAAGUUCGAGGAUGAUGAAAUGCCGGGAAAGCCUCCGAAUGUGUUGAUCAAGAAGUGGUUUCCCCAAACAGAUAUCCUCGCUCAUCCUAAUGUGAAAAUGUUCAUUACCCAUGGAGGGCUGCUGAGCACCACGGAAAGUGUGUAUUUUGGGAAGCCCAUUUUGGGAUUGCCGUGCAUUGUUGACCAGCAUAUGAACUUGAAUCGGGCCCAAAGAAUGGGAUUUGGAUUGGGACUGGAUCUCAAUAACCUAAAUGAGGAGGAUUUGGAAAAAGCAAUCAAAAGAUUGCUCACAGAUCCAAGCUACGCCCAAGCAGCGACUACCAUUUCGGAGCUAUAUCGGGAUCAACCGGAACCAGCUCUGGAUCGCGCCAUUUGGUGGACGGAGUAUGUUCUCCGACACAAGGGUGCUCCUCAUUUGAGGGCAACAUCCCGAGACCUUAACUUCAUUCAACUCCACAGUUUGGACACCUUGGCUGUCCUUUUCGCUGUGCCUCUGCUGGUUGUACUCGUCCUUCUGAAGUUAUCUUGUAAAUUAUUGCGCGGAAAGAGCCAGAAGUGUCCUCAUGCUGAUAAGCUCAAAAAACAGUAGAGUUAUUGUAUAAAUUUACAUGUCUUUAGUUAAAAAUUUAGUCAAAUAGUUCAUAUACUAGUCAAGUGUCUGCCAUUAAUCUUAUCGUAUACGAAUUCUAAAAAAAUAUAUUUUAUAUAUGGGGAACACGCUCCCGCUGGAUCUUUAAAUUUUGAUUAGCUAUCAAAAGCGUGUUUAUUGCAUUUAGCUUA